AAAUGGGUAUGCUGGACAAUCUAUCAGAUUAUUUCACAAUAAGCUCCAAACCGAAAAAGAAACGCAAGGCAUUGCAGACAGUUGACAUCAAGGUGAAAAUGGAUUGUGAUGGCUGUGAGAGGAGAGUUAAAAGUGCUGUUUCUAACAUGAAAGUUAUAUAUGUGCAAGGGCCCAUGAUCAUGAAUGAACAAAUCUGCCCAGACUGUAUUAAAGUUGAUCGAUCUUUAUCCAGACAGAAUUUCCAAGCCUCUGAUGAUGAGCUUCAAGAAGAACCUAUACUCAAGUGCUAAACAAGUUGAGGUGAACAGAAAGCAAAGCCGGGUGACGGUUACAGGCUAUGUGGAAGCAAAAAAGGUGUUGAAGAGGGUGAAGAGCACCGGAAAAAGGGCCGAGAUUUGGCCCUACGUUCCAUACAACCUCGUUGCAUACCCUUAUGUCGCCGGAGCUUAUGACAAGAAGGCACCGUCCGGUUACGUCAGAAACGUCCCUCAGGCAUUUGCUCUCGCACCGGACGACCAGUACACCUCUAUGUUUAGCGAUGAAAACCCCCAUGCUUGUGCCAUCAUGUAAUUAUCAAAAUUAAGGACGUACUUAAUUAUGUAAAUAUUGUACGCGGACUAGUACUGCAUGCCACUUUGUGCUUUGAGUUAAUUUGUAAUUAACUAAGAUGAUCGAUCUCCACUAAUUUUCCAU